AUGUCCAAUAUCGUUCAUAUCAUCGACGUUGAAAGUGGGAACCUUCGUUCCUUACAAAAUGCAGUUGAAUACCUUGGGUAUGAAACCAAAUUGAUUAAAGAUAGUACAGAUCCAGAAUUACAAUCUGCUACUAAAUUAUUAUUACCAGGUGUUGGUAAUUAUGGUCAUUUCGUUAGCCAAUUGAGUUCCAAGGGGUUUGUUCAACCAAUAAAGGAAUAUAUUGCUAGUGGGAGACCAAUAAUGGGGAUUUGUGUUGGUUUACAAGCUUUUUUUGAAGGUUCAGAAGAAAGUCCAAAUGAUUUAGGUUUAGAAUUUAUUGAUUUCAAAUUAUCCAAAUUUAAUUCAAAGACAAAAUCUGUUCCUGCUAUUGGAUGGAACUCUGUUUCCGCUGUGGGGGAUAAAAUGCUUUAUCAUAUUGAUCCAAAUAAUCGUUAUUAUUUUGUUCAUUCUUAUGCUGCUAUUUUAAACGAUGAAUUAAAAUCAAAAUUAGCUUCAAAUGGUUGGGAAAUUGCAAUUACCAAAUAUGGUGAUGAAGAAUUCAUUGCAGCAAUCUCUAAAGGAAAUAUCUUUGCUACACAAUUUCAUCCAGAAAAAUCUGGUAUUGCAGGUUUGAAAAUUAUAAAGGCAUUUUUAGAUCAAGAAACUCAUUCAGAUCUACCAAAAUUAACAUCACCAAAUGAUUAUUCGAACAAUGGAUUAACAAGAAGAGUCAUUGCUUGUUUAGAUGUCAGAACUAAUGAUCAAGGUGAUCUUGUCGUUACAAAAGGUGAUCAAUAUGAUGUUCGUGAAAAAGAUGCAGCAGGUGGUGAUGUUAAGAAUUUAGGUAAACCUGUUUCAUUAGCUGAAAAAUAUUAUAAACAAGGUGCUGAUGAAGUUACAUUCUUGAAUAUAACUUCAUUUAGAAACUCACCAGUUGCAGAUCAACCAAUGUUGGAUGUUUUAAAAUUAGCCGCUAAGACAAUUUUCGUUCCUUUAACCGUUGGUGGUGGUAUUAAAGAUGUUGUUGAUCCAGAUGGAACUAAAAUUCCAGCAUUACAAGUUGCUGGAUUAUAUUUCAGAUCAGGUGCUGAUAAAGUUUCUAUUGGUACAGAUGCUGUCAUUGCUGCUAAGAAAUAUUAUGAAAAUGGCUCUAAAGGUGAUGGUACUACCCCGAUUGAAACUAUCUCAAAAGCUUAUGGUGUUCAAGCUGUUGUUAUUUCAGUCGAUCCAAAAAGACAAUACGUUCAAACACCACAAGAUACUAAGAACACAACUUUCAAGACUAAAUUCCCUGGUCCAAAUGGUGAAGAAUAUGUUUGGUAUCCAACAACUAUAAAAGGUGGUCGUGAAACAACAGAUUUAGGUGCAUAUGAAUUAGUUCAAGCUUGUGAAGCAUUAGGUGCUGGUGAAGUUUUAUUGAAUUGUAUUGACAAAGAUGGUUCAAAUUCAGGUUUUGACUUGGAAUUGAUUGAUCAUAUCAAAUCUGCAGUUUCAAUCCCUGUUAUUGCUUCAAGUGGUGCUGGUAAACCUGAACAUUUUGCUGAAGUUUUCCAAAAUACAAAAACUGAUGCAGCUUUAGGUGCCGGUAUGUUCCAUAGAGAUGAAUACACUGUUAAGCAAGUUAAAGUUCAUUUAAGAGAACAAGGAUUACAAGCUAGAUUAGAUGAAGAAACAUUAUAG